AUGGUCUCCGUCGUUGAUGCGCUUGUUUGGAUAUUCGCUCAGCUGUACAUAAGCAUGUAUCCCGUUGGAGAUAUAGGAGAAGGAGAUCUGUCGCUAGGCUUCGGGGGCGGCAGCGACAUCUCGCCGUCGCCGAUGGCCGACGUCCCCCCGCCACCCCCAACCCAAAUGAGCGCCAGCUACCUGUUCACGAGGAUCCGCACAGACAAGGGGAUGCUUAUCAACAUCCUGGCGGUUGUUAGCGCUGUGCUGAUUGGUGUCCAGGCGCUGCUGGGCUCCCGGCGCCGGCGCUUAGGCAGCAAGGCCUUCAUCCGCCUCCUGCUGUGGGCGUCUUACACCGUCUCCUUCCCGGUGGUAUCCUACACCAUUGGCCUCGUCCAAUCCGUUGGGUCUCGUCACGGCAUGCCUGACAGCCAGCUGCUGUGGGCCGUCGGGCUGCUGCUCCUUCUCGGCAGCGUCAACGGCAUGUCGGCCUUCAGCCGGCACGACAUCGAGCAGAGCAAGGAGAUGCUGGCAAAACACGCCUUCCAGACGCUGCUCGUGCUCUGGCUGCUUUACAGCCGGAGCGACGUCUCGGAUGGUAGGUGGGUCUUGCUGGACUACUUCCUGCUCUGCUGGAUCUAUAGCAUCUUCAAGAUGGCCCAGAGGAUGAAGGCACUGCGCACGGCGAGCUCGGCUCACGGGCUCGUGCGCAGCGCCAUGGUGGUGGCCGACUACAUGAAAGCCGAUAUCGGCAAAGAGCAUAACCCCAAGAACAUGACUGAGUGCAAAUACCUGGUCGUCGGCGAGGACAAGGACUCCGAACCGCCGUCGAAGCUGCUGAAGCGGCGCUUCUGCGGCGACCUCGACAUCGCCGAGGCUGGCGACCAGAAGACGAUGGAGUUUGUUGUCGACGGCCUUCUCGCCGACGACGGAGAGGGCUACGAGCGCGCCUUCCGUGUGGUGGAGGUCGAGCUGUCCUUUCUGUAUGACUUCUUCUACACCAAAUAUCCGGCGCUCUUCCCCACCAACAGACUGCUCGGCUUCAUCCGUUUCUUCGUCCUUCUUGGCUUCUUGAAGGUGCUCCUCGUGGAUUUUAUAUUCCUGAGCUCACCGUCUGGUUACGAGCCCCCGGAGAACACCUUUAUCUACUUCAACAACGUCCUCCUCAUUGUCAUGAUCCUGAGCAUAGACAUCCUACAACACCUGGCCACGGGCUACUCCAACUGGGCCCUUGUGCAGUUCGUGUGCGACUACGUCGUCAACACGGGGGAUGGCAAAAAGCAGCGGUGUCGGAAGAGGGGCUGCGGCAUCCGUCGAGCGCUGAUGAAACUUGUGGCGGCAUGGCGUUGGCGGAAGUCGGCGCACUGCUGGGAUAACAAGCUCGGGCAGUACUCGCUGCUCAAGUCCUACGACUACAACCCGAGCAAGACCGGGAAGAACGCCUUGUCCUGGUUGUCGUUGCGCAUGAUGGAGCCGACAGACCAAGGCCGCCGGCAGGAGCCGGACGUGCCACUGACGGCUGAGGUCAGGAAGGCGGUGCUCGAUUGCCUCAAAGAAACCCGUGGCCUGCCGUCUGUCGGCCGCUCCCUCAAGGAGAGUGCAAGACAUCUGGAGCUACACUGGGCAUGCGACGACCUCCCGACGCACACGCACACGGUUCUUGUGUGGCACAUAGCCACCACCAUGUGUGACCUCGACGACUCCGACGAGCACGGCCACCGCCACGUCGCGACCACCCUAUCCGGCUACUGUGCCUACCUUCUUGCUUUCGUCCCGGACAUGCUGCCGGACAACAGUUACAAGGCCAAGCAGAUCCUGGACGCCGUCGUGGAGGAGGCCCGAACCGAUCUUGGCGACACCAAGGACAUGCCAACGAGAUGUGACACCAUGUUUCAAUUGAAAGCGAAAAAACCGAGCAGCAGCCAAGUCGAAGACACACCACCGACGAUCCUGUUCCCAGGAGCAGACAACGGUUACAAGGCCAUACCCAUGCAGGUCCUGGACGGCGUCGUGAAUGAUGAGGCCCAAACCUACAUUCGUGGUGGUGGUGGCGACACCAUUGACACGUCAAAGAGCUGUGACAUGGCGAAACCCAGUAGCAGCAGCCAAGUCCAAGACGAGCAGCGUUCACCAGAACCAGAAGAAGUCAAAGACACACCGAUCCUGAUCCUAGCAGCAGACCUGGGGAGGCAGCUCAAGAAAGUGGACAAGCCGCGGAUGUGGGAGCUGCUCGCGAGGUUUUGGGCAGAGCUGGUGCUCUUCCUUGCGCCCUCCAACAACGCCAACGUCCACUUCGAGCACCUCGCCACCGGAGGAGAGUUCAUCACGCACCUCUGGGCGCUGCUCACCCAUGCGGGCAUUGUUGAACGUCCCCUCCAUGCAUCUCCCAUUUGA